AUGGCCGACUCGCCAGUAAAGAUGGAUGAAUCGCACGGUUACAAGGAACCUUCAGCGCAAACCGUAGCAAGAGAUGGAGAAGUGCCGGUGAGCGUUUUGGAAGAUGGGUCGUUGGACCCCGUGUACGAAGCCAAAGCGAAGAUGUUAAACAAGGCCAUGCAAGAUAUAGGCAUGGGGAAGUAUCAAUGGCAACUCUUCAUCGUGAUUGGAUUCGGCUGGGCAAUGGACAAUCUCUGGCCGAUAGUAACGUCUCUAAUCUUCACGCCCAUCACCAACGAAUUCAACCCCACACGCCCACCUCUACUCUCCCUCUCGCAAAACAUCGGUCUUCUCUUCGGCGCCGUCUUCUGGGGUUUCGGUUGCGACAUCUUCGGAAGGAGAUGGGCUUUCAACCUCACUAUCGGUAUCACCGCUGUGUUUGGAAUGAUAGCAGCCAGUAGUCCAAACUUCGCUGCUAUUGGUACUUUCGCUGCUCUGUGGUCUGUUGGUGUAGGUGGAAACUUGCCAGUAGAUUCCGCCAUCUUCCUGGAGUUCUUGCCUGGGAGCCAUCAGUAUCUGUUGACGAUUCUGUCGAUCUACUGGGCGCUUGCGCAGGUCUUCGCUACGCUUGUAGCAUGGCCAUUGCUUGGAAACCUCACGUGUCAGCAGACGGAUACGAAUUGCACGAGAGGAGAAAACAUGGGAUGGCGGUACUUCAUGAUUGUCAUGGGUGGCGUCGCACUACUAAUGUUCAUCGGCCGCUUCGUAUUCUUCACAAUCUUUGAAUCGCCAAAGUUCCUAAUGGGAAAAGGCAGAGACGCAGACGCAGUCCGCAUCGUCCACGAAGUCGCCCGCCGCAACGGCAAAGAGUGCACCCUCACACUUGAAGAGCUUGAAUCAUGCAACAACUACGCGCUACCCGGUACCAUCCAGCAAACGAGCACUGCCACCGCAGCAGUCAAACGCAAGCUUCAGAAGCUAGAUAGCUCGCACGUCAAAGCCCUUUUCGCGACCAAGAAACUAGCCUUCUCAACCAGCACCGUUACCCUCGUCUGGGCAUUCAUCGGCCUCGGUUACCCCCUCUACAACGCCUUCCUCCCAUACAUCCAAGCCACCCGCGGCGCCGACUUCGGCGACGGCUCAACCUACAUCACCUACCGCAACAGCCUCAUCAUCGCCGUACUCGGCGUCCCCGGCUGCAUCCUCGGCGCCGUGCUCGUCGAAACACCGCACAUCGGUCGCAAAGGCACACUCGCUCUUUCGACAGUCCUUACUGGUGUUUUCCUCCUUUGUUCAACAACGGCGCUCACUUCCAACGCCCUCCUAGGAUGGAACUGCGCCUACAACUUCAUGAGCAACAUUAUGUAUGCGGUGUUGUAUGCAUAUACACCUGAGAUCUUUCCGACCAAAGACCGAGGGACGGGCAAUGCGAUUACGGCGAGUGCGAACAGGGUGUUUGGUAUUAUGGCGCCUAUUGUGGCUAUGUUUGCCGACUUGGAGACGAGUGCGCCAGUUUAUGUUAGUGGAGCGUUGUUUAUUGCUGCGGGUAUUUUGGUGCUUAUUUUGCCUUUUGAAAGUAGGGGAAAAGCGAGUAUGUAA